AGAUCCUUACCGUACCUUAUCGCAUGGCUUAUCGUUGAUUUUUGCCCCGCGCCACCAGGGCACUUGAGAUUUCCCAUAUUUCUCAUCAGACCCUCAACCUGAUGACAUAUUCCGAGAGUUGAGUCAUUGCUACUACCGGCUUUGGCACAAACAGACCUUUCCCAUCCCACGAAGCCAAAUUCACACUCUCUGUCGACUCUGUAAACUCGUCCUUGGCCUUUGGCGGCCCAUUCAUCUCGAAUCGACACUCCGAAUCCUACGCCCACUUCGAACCCCUCCAUCCGCCACCAUGGCCAGCGCCGGUACUCAGCCAGCGACAGCUGGUAACUCGCAGUCGCACCCCUAUACGUGUAACACAUGCCAGGUAGCUUACCGUAGCAUCGAGUUGCAAAAGGGCCACAUGAAGAGUGACUGGCAUCGGUACAACCUCAAGCGCAGAGUCGCAUCCUUGCCCCCCAUCUCAGCCGACACCUUCACCGAGAAGGUCCUGCAGGCCCGCGCCGUGACAACCGCAGAGGAAGACAAAGCACUUUUCGAACGAGUCUGCGAGCCGUGCGCCAAGACCUACUUCAGCGAGAAUGCCUACCAGAACCAUCUGCUCAGCCAGAAGCACAAGAACAAGAUCUCGACGACUGGACAACGGCCUGACGACGAGACGACCUCGGUAAUCAGCUCGACAUUCACCCUUGGGGAGCCCGCGCCCGCUCGCCGAGACUCUGUCGACUCAGCUGCCGAACAAGAAUUCAAUGAGGUCGUCGAGGGCAUCCAACGCACCAAGCUCGUCCAGGAUGAUCAGAACCCUUCGCCCGUCAAGCGUCCCUCCAACCCUCAAAUCACCUCUGCUGAUGCCGAUGCCGAGAUUGACCGCGAAUCCAAUAACAAGACACCGGUGCAGCAGGCUCCCGCCUGGUCAAUUCAGUCAUGCAUUUUCUGCAACUACAGCUCCCCCACAGUGCCGUUGAACAUCCUACACAUGGAGCGCUUCCACGGCAUGUUCGUGCCCGAAAAGGCAUACCUCGUGGACUUGGAUGGGUUGGUGAAGCAGCUGCAGGAGAAGGUGCACGAGGACCACGAGUGCCUGUACUGCGGCAAGAUCAAGUCCACCGUCUUCGGCAUCCAGACACAUAUGAGGGACACGGGUCACUGCAAGAUCCCCUUUACUACCGAACGUGAUCAGCUCGCGAUCGGCGACUUUUAUGAUUUCCGCAGCACCUACUCGGACGGCGAGGAUGACGAUGAGUCGGAUAGUGGUGACGCCGAUGACACGGACAAGGAGGGCGGAGCCAAAUUGGGCGCUCGCCGCACAGGAAAGACCGUUGACGAGAAUGGAGAAGAGAUUGAGGAGGGAGACGGUUGGGAGACCGACAGCUCGGCUUCGUCUCUUGACUCGGAGGAUCUGCACGCUGUGCCCGCCGAGGGUCACUUACACCAGUACGAGCGUCUGGAUAAACACCCACACCACUCAAGUAGAGAUCCUCGCCAACGCCAUCAGGCCGAUGGCUGGCACUCACACUCGCACAAGCACACCCGGGGUGUGUUCUACGACGACUACGAGCUCCAUCUUCCCACUGGCAAGUCCGUGGGUCACCGCUCUAUGAACAAGUACUAUCGCCAGAACCUGUACCACUACCCCACUGCGGAGGAGCGUGCCGAGCGACAGGCGAUCGAGGCUGCCAGGUCGUCAGAUGACGAGGAAGAGGGUGACAACCAGUUGGCCGUCAGGAAUGGCCGUGAACGCGCGGUAAUUCCUCGUGGGGCCAGGGGCAUGGCCGGCGUGUCAGACAAGAAGCGGAUGGCUGCCGAGCGCUCUGAGCAGAGAGGGCGGACGCAAGAGCAGGUCGUCGGGAAAAAGAAGGACUAUGCGUACGGCAAGAAGCUGAACAACCAGAAGACGUACUACUACCGAUACCAGAGAGGUGGUUAGUCUGGUUCAUAGUCUAGUUAUGCAGUCAUGAAAAGUUUGGCGUCUCACAUUUAGCUUGCGUCUUCGGUGUCUUGUUAUUGUAAAGGAACGUGUGAGUGUGAUACGCGCGAAUCAUUUAAUCAAGUGAGAUGACUGUGUACUCCGUACAUGUAGCAUGUCACAAACGGUGAUCAUGGUGACAAUAAAUAGUCGCUCAUCCUUGUCUGACAAAUUGGGUUAGCGGCGGUGAUCUACCCCACGUUCUGUGGCCUGGGCCUGGGCCUUGGCCAUAUGGUUGCUGAGUUGGAG